AUGGCCGAAUUUUUGGCUCGGGCUGUCAACGACGCCCCAAACGUCACGAAACUAAAGAGCACGCUCGACAAUAAAAUCGACGGUAUUAGACAGGAAGCGGAAAAUGGUUUCGAUACGCCAUCUUCCAUAUUCCUCGGGCCGCUGUACGACGAGAUGCUUAUCGCACUCGGAGGCGAAGACAUGCAAAACGCUCAGAAGUGGCUCCUUGCGACAUCUUUUGUCAUCAAAUCGGAAGAUUUCAGGUAUCGAAGAGGGUUAGCGGUGUCUGAAUCUGCUUCCGAAUUUUUUGAUGGUAUAAUCGCCAAGAUACUGGACACUUUGGAAGCAUUAGAGGACAAGCCGUCUGUUAUCAAGGACGACUUAUGGCGUACUUUGAGAGAAGCCUUCGAUUAUAUCCUGAUACCCGACGUCGCUGCAGUGGUCAAAUGCCACAGACGGCUUGCUAAUCGCGCCUUUAAAUUCGUGCUGCAAACGGCGAGUACCGAAAACACCGAGCAGCUCAUACUGCGUUUAAUGCGAUGGAUGUGCUCAACACGAACAUUUGACAGCGAAAAGUCGGAAGAUGAGGUGUAUCUCAACCAAUUGCGGGUUCUGCAGAGCUCCGCAAACGAUCGCAUUAGCAAAGAUGCGUCGGACCUUAUGCUGAAAAAUGUUAAAACGUUGUCGAAAAGAGAUUUGAAGGCACUGCCGGCGUUCAUAAACACCAACAUGAAGCACCUAGCAACAGAAAUUGAACUGGGUGCUACAGAGAACCUGGCUAGACCAUUUCAACUCAUGAAGGCGACUUUUGACGCGAGUAGCAGGUUCGACGCUAACGUGGUUAUCGACCUCGUGCCACUUUGGAGAAUGUUCGACGCAUUCUUCGAACAGAUGCACAAAUAUGACAGUAACACAAUCAAGCAAGCAUGUGAUUUGCUAACAGUUGUGGCAAAAUGGCUGUCUCCUGAUCUAGUGUUGGUGAAUAUACCUUACCUGGGGGGAAUUAUCGCAAAGAUAUUCGAUAACGAUGUGGACACCCUUGUGCAGCAUAGUCAGUGCAUGGAGGACCUAUUUGCAGUAAUGAACGAGCUGUGUCCUGAUUUCUAUCUGCUGGCCAGCGAAAACGCCGUUCGGCUGAUCGAUACACUGAUCGGCGACAUCGAACGCUCUAAUCUCAAGGACGCGCAUAAAUUAAUCGGUAUUAUCGCGCAUAUGAACGGUGAAGCCGUUGGACACAAGGUAGAAAGCCUGAUUCUCAGGAUUGUUGAGCUCAACGACUCACAUUGGGGUGAUGCAUCGCUAACGCAAGCAACACUCCGUCUGAUUCACAGGCACCUUUCAAGGGGUUGUUCGAAGCACCCCAGGAUUCUGCAAAUACUUCUUGCGUUCACGCAGCACAUGAGGACGAUGGGGGAGCACGGCAUAUUGGUGGACCGCAUUGAACUUGAAAUUGGCGAAAUUCUGUCCACCGGAAAUGCAACGGCUCUUAACGCAGAUUACACGCUCUAUGCUGAAGAAUUGAAGGCAUAUGUUGAGUUAAGAGGCACAGAAAUUCAGCAGGGGGGCCAAAGAGAUAAUCCGGACAAGCAGGAUACGGCACCUGCGGAAGACACGGCUAAAACAAAACGGGACGAAGUUGUGGACGCCAUCAAAAAGAAGUUGAAGAGUAUGCGUCAGUCGGCCAAGACGUAA